AUGAGAACUACUAGUGGUGAAAUAGUGGAGACUUUACCAAGAUCCUUUCAGGUACAUAGUGAAAUAUGCAUGGAAUUGAUGAGAAUAUUGGAUGAUAUCAUGAGGAUAUUUCCAGACAUAGAGGAUGCACGACCAAGAUGUUCAUCAGGAAUAGAAUCUCUGGUUUAUCUGAACAAAGCAAUUGAGAAAUCCAAACUACUUUUACAACAUUGCUCUGAAUGUAGCAAACUCUACCUGGCAGUGACAGGAGAUGCAGUACUUUCAAGAUGCCAAAGAGCAAAAAAGUCAUUAGAACAAAGCUUAAUUCCCAUUAAGGAUAUGGUUCCAGUUGUGUUGGCUGUAGAGGUUUCUAGAAUAAUUGAUGAUCUUGGGCGUGCUACAUUUGUUUUGGACUCUGCUGAAGAAGAGGCUGGGAAAGUUUUAACAGAGUUGCUUCAGCAAGGUACUUCGAACUUGGAUUCGGUGGAAGAUUUUGAACUUAAAGCUCUUCAGUUUGCUGUACCGAGACUGAACAUAACAUCACAAAGGGCCUUGUUAGUCGAGGGACGGCCUAUUAAUAAGUUGCUAGAUAAAAUUGGACCAAAUGACCAGAAAAAGCAAUCGAUCUUGAGAUAUCUUAUGCAUCUAUCGAAAAAACAUAGAAAAUCUAUGGUGGUGAGAGAACACAUGGAGAAGUUUUAUUCUCGUAGCAAAGAACCGACUACAAAGGAUAAUAACUCUAGUCGCCAUUCACUACAAAAUCAUCGUGUUGAGCCGGAUCCUAGCUCGGAAUAUGAUCAGUAUAGAACUCACACCGGUGAGUUGGAUAAAGGGAUACCACCUGAGGAAUAUAAGUGUCUGUUAUCCUCAAGAUUGAUGUAUGAUCCUGUUAUCAUUGCUUCUGGAGUAACAUACGAAAGAAUGUGGAUAACAAAGUGGUUUAAUGAGGGUAAAACUACAUGUCCAAAAAAAGAAGAUGAACUACCUCAUAUGACAUUGACUCCAAAUGUUGCCAUGAAGAACUUAAUAUCAAAGUGGUGCAAAAAUAAUGGUGUUUCCAUUCCUGAUCCAAGUAGACACACAGAAGAUUUUCAGUUGUUGGAUGCUUCAAUCACCUCCAUGAAGAGUUUAGGAAGUUAUUUCAAUGAUUUGAACUUGCCACUGGAUCUUAGUAUCAUGUCACUUGGAUCAUUAGAUACUAGUUUUAACUCAGAUGUGUCACGAGGUAAGAUCAAUCAUGGCUUGAAUUUGAUGAUGAGCAAGGCUAGCGAACACUCUCACAAUUAUGGAGGUCAUGCACCAGAGAUACAUGAUACCAUGGCAUAUGGUUGCUACUGCCUUUAUCUUUGUUGCAUUGUUUUUUCUUAUUAA